GGUAAAGAGUUGGAAGAAGGCUCUACGGAAAGCAGGUAGCUUAUCUGCGUGGCAUUUUACUGAUGGAUAUGAAGCUGAGAGCUUAUACAACAUAUCGUACGGGAGAUCUCAACUCGACUAGAUCGAACGCCUUCAGAUGUGGCCAAAUAUCCUGUUGGGCUAGAUUCCCAAGUGCAAGAGCUUAAAACAAUCUUAAAUCUACAACCCAAGGAUGGGUUUUAUGGUAGGACUAUGGGGACAAGGAGGUAUUGGGAAGACAACCCUUGCUAAAGCUAUCUAUGGCACUGUGUUUAGAGAGUUUCAAGGUUCUAGCUUCUUGGAACGUAUUAGAGAAAAUUUCAAAAGUUCCAAUGAUUUGGUUGCCUUGCAGGAAAAAUUGCUGUUGGAGGUAUUACUAGGGAAGAAAUUUACAGUUUACAGUGUUGCUAAAGGAAGUCGUCCGAUUCAAGAUAGACUCCAUAAUAAGAAAGUUCUCACUAUCCUCGACGAUGUCGACGAUGCAGGCCAAUUAAAUGCUUUAGCUGGAAAUUGUCGGUGAUUUGGUGAUGGAAGUAGGAUAAUUAUCACAACAAGAAAUAAGCAACUUCUAACUUCUCGUGGGAUACAUCAGGAUCAUAUGUAUAAAGUUGAAGCUCUUGAGAAUGGUGAAGCUCUCGAACUUUUUAGAAAGCAUGCUUUUCAAAUAAAUCAAGAAAUAGAAAUAAGCAGCAAUCUUGUUGAUAGGGUUUUAUAUUAUGCCAACGGCCUUCCUUUGGCCCUUGCGGUAUUGGGGUCUUUCUUGCGCGGUAAAAGAGAACUUGAAUGGGAAAGCAUCCUGAAAAAACUUGCCAAAAGUCCUCACAAAGAAAUCAAUGAUGUGUUAAAGGUGAGUUACGAUGGAUUGGAGCCCUAUGCAAAGGGGAUUUUUCUCGACAUUGCUUGUUUCUUCAAGAGGUGCGAGACAAAGUACAUUAAGAAAGUUCUUGAUAAUUGUGAUUUCGAGCCAACUAUUGGAGUACAAGCCCUCAUUGAGCGCUCCUUGAUUAGUGAAGAGAGAGGAUCCUUACGGAUGCAUGACUUAUUACAAUCGAUGGGUAUGGAUAUCGUCAAACAAGAAUGCUGUGAUGAUCCUGGAAAACGUAGUAGGCUAUGGCUUGAUGAGGAUGUUCUUGAUGUUCUAUCAGAGAUGUGGGAACAGCUGCAAUAAAAGCCAUAGUUUUGCUUUCACGAGAGCGAGAAGAGAUGUAUAUUGGUCCUAAUGCUUUCA